CGGCGGCCAGUGGUGGAGGUUGCGGGUGGUCGACGCGGGAGAGCAGCGACCAUGUCGGACAGCGGGGCCAGCCGCCUGCGGCGACAGCUGGAGUCGGGGGGCUUCGAGGCGCGGCUAUACGUGAAGCAGUUGUCGCAGCAGUCGGACGGCGACCGCGACCUGCAGGAGCACCGGCAGCGCGUCCAGGCGCUGGCGGAGGAGACGGCGCAGAACCUGAAGCGCAACGUCUACCAGAACUACCGGCAGUUCAUCGAGACGGCGCGCGAGAUCUCCUACCUGGAGAGCGAGAUGUACCAGCUCAGCCACCUGCUGACGGAGCAGAAGAGCAGCCUGGAGAGUAUCCCGCUCGCGCUGCUGCCCGCCGCCGCCGCGGGCACCGCCGCCGCGGGCACCGCCGAGGACACGGCGGGCGCGGGGGCCCGGGACCGCCGGCGCGGCCCGACCGGCUUCCUGCCGGGGCCCGCGGGCGCCUCGCGCGAGGGCGCUGGCGAGGAGGGCAAGCAGCGCACGCUCACCACGUUGCUGGAGAAGGUGGAGGGCUGCAGGCACCUGCUGGAGGCGGGGCAGUACCUAGUGUACAACGGGGACCUGGUGGAGUACGAGGCGGACCACAUGGCGCAGCUGCAGCGCGUGCACGGCUUUCUUAUGAACGACUGUCUGCUGGUGGCCACCUGGCUGCCGCAGCGGCGCGGCAUGUACCGCUACAACGCGCUGUACCCGCUGGACGGCCUGGCGGUGGUCAACGUCAAGGACAACCCGCCCAUGAAGGAUAUGUUCAAGCUCCUUAUGUUCCCCGAGAGCCGCAUAUUUCAGGCGGAAAACGCCAAGAUCAAGCGCGAGUGGCUGGAAGUGCUGGAGGAGACCAAAAGGGCCCUAGGUGAGAAGAGACGGCGGGAACAGGAGGCGGCUGCUGCCCCGCGAGGGCCACCACAGGCAACUCCCAAGGCUGGCAACCCGUUCGAGGAGGACGACGAUGAAGAACCAGCGCUUCCUGAGGUGGAGGAGGAGAAGGUGGACCUCUCAAUGGAGUGGAUCCAGGAGUUGCCCGAAGACCUGGAUGUUUGUAUUGCCCAGAGGGACUUUGAGGGCGCAGUGGACCUGCUGGACAAAUUGAACCACUAUCUGGAAGAUAAGCCCAGCCCACCUCCUGUGAAAGAACUCAGGGCCAAGGUGGAGGAGCGGGUGCGACAGUUAACCGAGGUGCUGGUAUUUGAGCUUUCCCCAGAUCGCUCAUUGAGAGGUGGUCCCAAGGCCACUCGAAGGGCAGUUUCUCAGCUGAUCCGGCUUGGCCAGUGCACCAAAGCCUGUGAGCUGUUUCUGAGGAACAGGGCAGCAGCGGUGCACACUGCCAUACGCCAGCUUCGAAUCGAAGGAGCCACUCUGCUCUACAUUCACAAGCUGUGCCAUGUCUUCUUUACCAGCCUUCUUGAGACAGCGAAGGAGUUUGAGACAGACUUUGCAGGCACUGACAGUGGCUGCUACUCUGCCUUUGUGGUCUGGGCAAGAUCAGCCAUGGGCAUGUUCGUGGAUGCUUUCAGCAAGCAGGUGUUUGACAGCAAGGAGAGCCUCUCGACAGCUGCAGAGUGUGUGAAGGUGGCCAAGGAGCACUGCCAGCAGCUCGGGGACAUCGGGCUGGACCUCACCUUCAUCAUCCAUGCCCUGCUGGUGAGAGACAUCCAGGGGGCCUUACACAGCUACAAGGAGAUCAUUAUCGAAGCCACCAAGCACCGCAACUCUGAGGAGAUGUGGAGGAGGAUGAACCUGAUGACCCCCGAGGCUCUGGGGAAGCUCAAGGAGGAGAUGAGAAACUGUGGGGUCAGUAACUUCGAGCAGUACACUGGCGACGACUGCUGGGUGAACUUGAGCUACACGGUGGUGGCCUUCACCAAGCAGACCAUGGGCUUCCUAGAGGAGGCGCUAAAGCUGUACUUCCCAGAACUGCACAUGGUUCUCCUGGAGAGCCUGGUGGAAGUCAUCCUGGUCGCCGUGCAGCAUGUGGAUUAUAGUCUGCGUUGUGAGCAAGAUCCAGAGAAGAAGGCAUUUAUCAGACAGAAUGCGUCCUUUCUGUAUGAAACAGUCCUCCCCGUGGUGGAGAAGAGGUUUGAAGAAGGUGUGGGGAAACCUGCCAAGCAGCUCCAAGACCUGAGGAGCACAUCCAGACUCAUCCGGGUGAACCCUGAGAGCACGACUUCCGUGGUCUGAGGAUUCUGUUUCGUGAUGCUUCAAUGUGGCUUGUGUGUCAUUUAUAUUUAUGUUAAGUUACAUUAACGUAUUCCUUAUGGUCUCAGUGUGAAAAUGAAAGGUACCUCUUAGACUAAAUCAAAAGAAGAAAGAAAAUAUGCUCAUUGAAGCACAAAUGAGAAAAAUACUAGAAUUAUUAAAAUGUAUACCAUGCUUUCCUUUUAAAUUAUGGUAAUUCCUUAAUGAAUGUAUGUUGCUGUAGUACUUCAGCUUGUCUUUUGAAUCAAAACACUCUGUACAUUAUGCAGCAUGGAGAAAUGAGGUCUGUAAAGACAGAGUUCAAGGAUGUUGGAAGUGUCCCAGUUCACUAGAAUGUUAGGUUUCUUAAAGGGUACAGUGCCAUAUAAAACACCCUGCCUCAUGUACUUCUCCCUUUUAAACUGUAAUGAACAAUUUGGGGGAAAGAAAGGAGUUGGGAAAUUAGUUUUAGAGAAAAUUUUAGUCACAAGACUUCUUUCUUGGAACUAGCUCAUGUGUGGAUGUCAGACACUUCCAUCCUUACAGGGUACCAGAAGCAGCUUUAUAAAAAACAUUUGUACAUUCCCAAGUUUGUAAUUUGAGCUGAUUAAUUUGAGUUGCUGAUUAGCAGCUUUAUAAUAUUUGGUUGGGGAGCAUUUACUUGGAAAUCUAAAAGACCAUGAUAAAAAAAUUUUUUCAACACAUUUUGGAUUGUGUGAAAUUCCAGCUGAAGCUUUUUUGUCUUUGUCAUAUUAAAUAAAGUACUAACAACAAAAUACACACUGAGGAACCUGGCAGCAGUCAGUGACUUGAGACUUCUCGCUCCUUCAGUGUAGCUUAGAGUGGCUCCGUGUUCAGGCAAAUGGAAAAGUUUCCACCAGGAUAUUUAUUUGGCAAGGUAAGGUGGUGCACACUUGUAAUUCCAGUGAUUUGGGCAUCUGAGGCAGGAGGAUUCCGAGUUCAAGGUGAGCCUGGGUAAUUUAGUGAGACUUAUCUUAAAAAAUACAACCGGCUGGGGAUGGGGUCUGUGGUAAAGCAUCUGUGGGUUCAGUCCCCCAUACCAUACCAAAAGGAAAAAAUCUGACAAUACAGAUUUUUUUUUUUUUCCUUUUGGUACCAGGGAUUGA